CACAUCAAAAGUGCGAUGUCGGCGUAAACCUUGUUUAUUAUUGUUUUUAAUUAGAAAAACAUUACACAAUGACUGUACCGUUUACUAAAUUAGACAUCCCGCUCAGUCGGCUGGCCGUGGUCUGCCGCGGUUGCCUGGCAGAGUCGGGAGAAAUGAAGAAUAUUUAUGAAUGGGGAAUUCAUGAUGAUUAUUUUCGAGUUACUGCUAUUGAAACGAGCAGAAGGCCUGGUAUAUCAGAGCUGCUCUGCUCCUCCUGCGAAGCUGCCCUCAUCAGCUGCAAGCAGUUCCAGGAUCGGUGUCAACUCUCAGACAGGAUACUGAAAUCUACACUUAUAGUUAACAGGACCAAAACAAAACCACAGAAAGGCCACAAGAAUCAAGUCACCUGCAUCCUACACGACAAACAACUAGACAUACGUAUCACAGCACCGAAGACAGAUGCAAGAAUUCGUCUCCCCUGCCCGUACCACUGCGAAGAAAACUUCCUUAAGAAGAGUGAUUUACAGGCCCAUUUGAAGAAGACACACAAUCUAUCAGAAAAUAUAGAAAUUCAGAUGCAGUAUUAUUGCGCUGAACCUCAAUGUGUCUACCAUGUGUCCUCAAAAAAACAGAAAUGGUUUACCGGACGUAAAUUCUUGAACCAACAUAUCAACAAAGUGCAUAAAACUAAAUCGUUCCUUUGUAACGACUGUGGGUUGUGUUUUUCUACUGAAACUGACUUUCAAAGGCAUUCGAAGAGCUGUAAUUAUGUCUUCAUAUGUCAGAUGUGCGAUACAAAAUACAAUACUAAUGAAAAAUUAAUGGUCCAUUUAAAGAGGAAGCAUCCUAAUGUACAUCAAAUGUAUAAAGCUGAGAAAGCAGAAAAAAGGAAGCUAGAAAACGAUAUAGAUUUAAAAAAGAAGAAUAAGAAACCGGAGACUUUAGUUUCAGAAGAGAUCAACGCUGAAACCGUGACUGAAUCUUGGAAUUUCAACGAGCAAAGCUCUAAAGCUGCUAAACUUAAAGAUCUUAAAGAUGCAUUCUGUGAUAGUCCGAAGAAAUCCUUUGCUACACAAGUACCUGAGCACAUUAACAACGAUGUGGCCUUACCGUCUUGGGCCCAGAAUGAAACGAAGACCGAUGAAAUAUCAACACAAGUAGCGUUCGAAGACUUAUUAAGCUUAAAAUCACAGAACAGUGAAGAUGACAUGUUUUUCUCUGAAGCGGUGUCCUUAUCAGAUAUUCAGACACAAACGUUUCCAGUGGAAUUUGGUUUAAGCCGUUCCAAUAAGGAAACACAGUCUUUAAGCUCCCAAACGCAGUCUCCGGACUUGAAUUUUAAAGAGACACAGACAUGCUGUUGCCAUGAUAGUGGUAGGAACUUCAAGAUCUUUGAUAGUUUAUCCUCUAGUCCUGCUAGCAUUAAUUUUACUUCAACGGAGACUCAGACUCAGGAACCGAAGACCUCGGUGAAGUCCGAUGUGUUGUUGAGCUUUAGUUCAGCGGAGACUCAAACUUGUUUUGAUGAUAACUCAAGCAUUUGACGGUAUUAUGAUUUCUCGUUUGAAAGUACAGGGUUUUUGGCUUGUGGGAGCUUUUUUGGUCCGUAGAGAUGUGAUUGUACUAUGCGUAGA